AUGGUAAGAGACUGUUUUAAAGAAAAUGAUUGGCGAAAUGUAAGACUUAAGCUUAUUGGUACAAGAGAUAAAGACGGUAGAAUUUUCAACAUGCCAACCGCAUCGGAAGUUGCCGCUUUAGUAAUUGGUGAUUUUGAUGGAGCAUUUGAUAAAAGGGAUAUUAUUGUUCAGACAAAGUCUGGUGUUCUUCAAAGAAUUAGUGAGCUUCAUCCUUCUUAUCUAGCAUUGCAAUAUCCACUUAUCUUUCCAUUUGCUGAAGAUGGUUUUAGACUUGGUAUUAAGCAUAUAGGUGUUUCUCUUGACUGUGAUAUACUUAGAACCAGCACGACAAUGAGAGAAUUCUUUGCUAAUGAAUUUUCAUUGUUACUUAAUGCCCAAAAACUAUUCCAACAAUUUUUGGUAGAUGCGUAUACAAUGAUAGAAUCGGCAAGGUUAGAGUAUAUAAAGGCGCAACAACCAAAACUUCGAAGUGAAACUUUUAAGAAUCUAACUCAAAGUGUUCAAAGUGGAGAGACUGAUGCUUCAAAUUAUGGUAAACUAAUAUUGUUACCGUCCUCAUUUACUGGUGGUUCUCGAUAUAUGAUGCAAAAGUAUCUUGAUGCUAUGGCAAUUUGCAAAUCUGUUGGAUAUCCAGAUCUGUUCAUAACAAUUACAUGUAAUCCAAAUUGGCCUGAGAUUUAUCGUUGUUUAAAUGAAAAAGGCCUAAAACCUCAAGAUAGACCGGACAUUAUCUCAAGGUUAUUCAAGAUUAAAAUCAAUCAUCUAAUUCAAGAUUUCAAGAUAAAUAAGUUUUUUGGUGAGAUACAAGCAGGCUUCCUUUUCAAUGUUACAGUUAUCUACACAAUCGAAUUUCAGAAACGUGGUUUACCUCAUGCUCAUAUUUGUCUGUUCUUAUGUGCGGAGAGCAAGUUUCCGACAGUGAAAGAGAUCGAUCUUGUCAUUAGUGCCGAAAUUUCGGACAAAGAAACUGAACCGGAAUUGUAUGAACUUGUCAAACAGUUUAUGAUACAUGGUCCUUGCGGUACAGAUAACCCUAAGUGUCCAUGCAUGGUUAAUUUGAAAUGUUCUAAAAAAUUUCCUAAGAAAUAUGUACACGAGACUUCCAUUGAUACCGAAGGAUAUCCUGUCUACCGUCGUCAUCCUACAGGAAAUACAGUCGAAAAAAAUCAAGUCACUCUUGAUAACAGGUAUAUUUCUGCCUGUGAAGCUGCUUGGAGAAUAUUCAAAUUUGAUAUACAUUGUCGAUAUCCAGCUGUUGAAGUAUUAUCUUUUCAUUGUGAAGAUGGUCAAAGUAUUGUUUAUGAUGAUGAUUCAAAUCUCUGUGAUGUGGUUAGUAACCCCACUGUCAAAAUGUCAAUGUUCAUGGAAUGGAUGAAGUGUAACGAAGUUGAUGAAUUUGCUAGAACAUUGAAGUACAUAGAUUUUCCAAGAUAUUAUGUAUGGAUACGUAAACUACGAAAGUGGCAGCGAAGAAAAAAUCCUUUUGGAGCAGUUGGUAGGAUACAUUAUGUUCCUCCGUCACUUGGUGACUGUUAUUUCUUGAGAAUUUUAUUGAAUCAUGUUAAAGGACCAACAAGUUUUGCUGAUAUUAAAACCGUUGAUGGCCAACUAUAUGAUACAUUUAAAGAUGCAUGUUUCGCACGUGGAUUGUUGGAUGACGAUAAGGAGUAUAUAAUUGCAAUGAGAGAAGCAAGCACAUGGUCGUCUUCCGAUUUUUUGCGGACACUUUUUGUAACGUUACUGUUGUCCAACUCCAUUUCUAGGCCUGGAUAUUUUUGGACAGAAACAAAGAGUCUAUUAUGUGAAGACAUUAUAUACCAGCAACGAAAGAUUACUGGUAUUCCAGAUUUGGAUAUUCAAGAGAAAGAAGUCGAAAACAUUUGUUUAUCACAUAUCCAAAAGUUGCUACUUUCUUAUGGUAGUACAUUAAGUAACUUUGAUGAUAUGCCAAACCUUCCUGACAAUUACAUUUCUGCAUUGAAUAAUCGACUGAUAAUGAAAGAACUUUGCUAUGAUCGGGCAACUUUAGAAAAGGAACUUGCUUCUUAUUUAAAGUGUUUAACUGUUGAACAGAAAAAUGUUUAUGAGACCGUUAUGAAUGCAAUUGCAAAAGGUGUUGGAGGUUUAUACUUCGUAUAUGGUUACGGCGGUACUGGUAAGACAUUCCUUUGGAAAACCUUUGCAGCGGCGUUAGGAUCGAAAGGAGAAGUGGUUUUAAAUGUUGCAUCCGGUGGGAUUGCAUCGCUUCUUUUAGACGGUGGUAGAACGGCCCAUUCAAGGUUUGUAAUCCCAAUAAAUAUUAACGAAGAUUCUAUAUGUUCCAUAGAACCGAAUAGUGAGUUAGGCGGCUUAAUUAAACAAACGAAGAUGAUAAUCUGGGAUGAAGCUCCAAUGACACACAAGCAUUGUUUCGAAGCCCUUGAUCAGACAAUGAAGGAUAUCGCCCGUUCAAGUAAUCCGAGGAUGCAAAAACAGCCAUUUGGAGGAAAGGUUAUUCUGUUGGGCGGUGAUUUUAGGCAAAUACUUCCAGUCAUUCCAAAGGGUACUAGAAGCAUGAUUGUAAACGCUUCAUUGAAUUCGUCUUAUCUAUGGAAACAUUGUAAGGUACUAAAACUAACUGAAAACAUGAGGCUAAAAGUGGGUAACCAACCAAGUAAUUUACAAGAAACCAAGGAUUUUGCAGAAUGGAUAUUAAAACUCGGUGAUGGUUUGCUUGGUGAUCAAAAUGAUGGAGAGGCAGAAAUUGAAAUUCCUGACGAUUUACUUAUCAAAGAUGAAGUUAAUCCUAUUGCUUCAUUGAUUUCAUUCGCAUAUUCGGAAAUGGAUAAAUUUUUGGGUGAUUUAAACUAUUUCCAGCAAAGAGCUAUUCUUGCACCCACCAAUGAAGUCGUUGAUUCAAUUAAUACACAAUUGUUAGACAGUAUGCCUGGUGAGGAGAAGGUAUAUCUUAGUUCAGACACUUUAUGUGAAUCUGAGCAACAGUCCGAACUUAACAUGGCGUUGGUUCCUCCUGACGUAUUAAAUAAUCUGCGUUUGUCAGGGUUACCUAACCAUAAACUGGUUCUCAAAGUUGGUGCUCCAGUAAUGUUACUUAGAAACAUUGAUCAAGCCAAUGGUUUGUGUAACGGCACACGACUACAAGUAACAAAGCUUGGAAAAGUUGUAAUAGAAGCAAAGAUCAUCACAGGAAUGAACAUAGGUCAUCACACUUUGAUUACAAAGUUGAAAAUGACUCCUUCCGAUAAACGAAUUCCAGUUAAAAUUGCUCGUCGACAAUUCCCACUAUUAGUCUGCUUUGCGAUGACGAUCAAUAAAAGUCAAGGACAAUCCCUUGAACGUGUCGGAUUGUACCUUCCACGUCCUGUUUUCAGUCAUGGACAACUAUAUGUUGCGGUAUCUCGAGUAAAAAGCCGGAAGGGUUUGAAGAUUUUAAUCUGUGACAUGGACCAAAAAGUUUGUAAAGCUACUACUAAUGUGGUCUACAAGGAAGUUCUACAAAAACUGUAA